AUGGGUUCACGCCAACGUUCAGCGAGCGCUCUCUCCCAACACAACGCGGUUCAUAGUAGCACACCUUCGCCAGGAGGUAUGGGAGGGGGUUCAGGAAAUCACACACUGCACGAUCCCGUAGAUUCCGUUAUUCUGAACGCUGCGGAGAUACCCACAUUCCAUGGAAACUCGCUACCCAUACCAACCUUCGGAGCGGGUUCAGCAUACCCCACAAUAACCCAAAACCGACCAAGGGCUCAUACAAGUGCCGAUUCUUCGCCAUCCAAUGUAGGCGCCGCGGCCUUUGGAGGGCUACAACCACGGCAACCCUCGAGGAAUUCGAUGAUGCAGGGGCAUCCAGGGGGAAUGGGUCUUCGCCAUGUGUCGACGUCUGUACUGGAUGGCGGUAGCACCGGUAGGGUUCGGGGGGACGGUAAUGGGGGUGCUGGGGGGAUGGGAGGAAUCGGUGGAGGAGGCGGGGGUGGAGUCGCUGGAAAUGGAUUUCCCGUUGGAUCACCGCCGAUGCAGAAUGGGAUGGUUGUUUUGCCCCCUCCUCCUCCGCCUCCUCCGCCUCCUCCUCCGCCGGCGAAGGAUGCGGGUUAUGUGCCCCACCAAGCCAGUGUUGGGAGGAGCCAUGGGCGGGAGGGCAUGAUGAAUUACCACUACGCCUCACAUCAUCACCACCCACAGCACCAGCAGUACGGUGCGUACGCACCCCACCAACCCUCCGCAUCCUCCUCGGCACCCUCCUUGCCCCCGCCCCAACUCCCGCCUUUAUCGGCACCCCACCAGAACGGUUUAGCCAACGGUAACAACAAUCCAGCUUACGCUCCUCACCUACAUGCUCACUCCCACUCCCAUGCAUACCACCCCCCUCACCACCCUCAUCGUCCGACAGAAUCACUCCUGUACCGACAACACUCGACACAAUCCUCCGAGAGCAUAGCUUCCUCCUUUACUAGGGCCGAAUCAAACGCUGAUAGUGAAUACAUGACUCCCGCUACAGCCACUUCUUCUGGAUCUGCGUCAGCCUCGGCGGGCAACCGUAACGUCUCUAAUGGAAUCACCCGUUCUUCUCAUGUGUCUCAUUCCCAUUCUCAACAAUCACCCCUUGUCUCGAAUGCGGCGGGUCCCCUUUCCCCGGAUGUGGCUACUGUUUGGACUUUGGAUAGUGUUGUUGCUUAUCUUAACCGACAUGAAUUUUCUGAGGAAUGGCAGCAGGCCUUCCGUAAUCUUAACAUACACGGGGCAGGGUUUUUAGAAAUGGGGCAACACAAUUCUGCGAGUUUGCUACAGAUUGUGCUCCCCGAGGUUCUACGGAUUUGCGGCCCGAGCGCCGAUCCUGUUAAGGAGAAGCUGGCGGCUAGGAACAUUAAAAAGAUGGUCCGGGAGAUAUUAAAGCUCUCCCAGGAAAUCCCGAAUACCCCACCACCCGCUGGACAUAACCCCCCCGAGAACGGAGAAUCACCAGCAAUAAUGGGAAGCACAUCUCAGAGAUCUCCCGCUCAGACUCGGUUUCCCACGCAAAGAGGAACUACGUUUCCGACUUCCAAUAUUUAUUCUGAUGGGUCCCACAAUGCAUCGGAACCAUUUCUUCCACGGGGCGGAAGCGAGAUUACCCUACAACAACAUAGAGUGGGCACAUCCGAACCGCGAUCCAGAAAUGAAUUCUCAAAGGGAGCCUUGGCUAGCAUUGACCAGAUUCCUAGACAUUCCCCAUCAAAUUCUGAUGCUAGUAUACGCGACCCAACUGAUGGCCAUAUAUUUGGGAAACAGGCGCUUUCUAGCAGUCCACGAAAUUCUCCGCACCUGGGACACCAGUCCGUGAUCCGUCACGAGCCCAUCUCGACUCGUCACGGAAAAUCAAAUUCCCAAGAGUCUGUCACAUCUAGUACCGUGAAUCACAGGCCUGGAGAUGGGAAAGGGAAGGAGAAAGCACUUAUUGUUUUGGGCAUCACGCCGAACGAACGGCCAAUUGCUCGCCAGGACUAUGAUGGGAAGCCGAGCAGUUCUGGUCUCGUGAAUAAAUUUCGAAAGAAAUUCCGGAGGGAGCCUUCUGAUGAUGAUACUGAGGAUGGCUCCCCUACAGGGUCGGGCGCCCCAAAUCUACCAUUCACAAUUCCUGAGAAUAAUACAAGUGACUCUUCGCUUGAUGUCUCGGUUUCAUCUGUGGAUGCCUUGAGGCCGAGAGGAGGUAAUCUGAGAUCAGUUCCUGGCGGGGGAACUCCAAGGAACGGUAAGUCGGUGUAUGUGUUUGCAACAAGAGAUGGAAAAGUAUGGGUUUCUGUGGAUGUGACGAGUUUAGAAAAGGGAGGGGAGAUUAGAAAGGAAAUUUGCCGCAAUCUUGGAAUCAAUGACUAUGAUGCAGCAGCGAUCCAUCUGACUGAAGUUGGCCAAGAACCGAACGGUAAGCGAUAUAGUCUAUGAACAGCAUGUUACCCCCCUCUGUUUACUCCUCAAUAACAUUGCGAUAUCGGUGGGCUGAUAACUUAAUUUCUGUUGCAGAUGAAACUUUAACGGACCAGAUGCUCAAGCUGUCUUGCCAAACUAGAGGAGACAAUAUAGCUAGUUUGAAGUUCUUCGUGCAACCGGUUCCGAUGUCUGCUUUUGAUUUGCCAGCAGAAAGCUCUAUCGGACAAAUAUUAUCGAGCACACCGCCGCAUCAGAGCUAUACUUCAGAGCCCCCGAGCCGUCCCUCUAAUUCUGGCCCAAAACCUCAACCUUUGCAAAUAGAAAGAACGCAAAAACAGCUGAAUCGACGAUCUUCCUCUCCCCAUCUUUCUAUUUCAUCGGGAGAUUCGACAUUGAAGCAGAGCGAUAUCACUGGCUCGGCUGGGACACUCCCUGACCCCGGCCUGAAUGGUUCGGGCGGUCAGCCCAGGGACGACUUGGAUGACUUGCGAGAGCGGCUGGCGCUUCUGCGGAGACACCAGGAUCAAGGGCCUAAGAUCAACGUUGUCCCCACACCUAGUCUUGGCCCGACUCCUUCAGGCCCGCACUCAUCAGUUCAGCCAUCACCAAAUGAUCCUGUACCGGACCCGGGAUCUGCAUAUUCAUCGUACACUGGUUGGGAGAAUGACUAUUCUGAAUCACCACCACCGCCGCCGCUAAAGCCUCUACUUCGAACUGCUACAAAUGGUUCGCCUAGUGAUACUGGUUUGCCCCAGACAGUGCGCAAAAAUGAACUCUUCUUCGAUGAGGACCCAUCACCAAUUACAAACUUUUCAGUGCUGGCCCAUGGCCCUCUUCAUAAAGGCUCUGCUGGCACUAAUCAACUAGGGGCAGCUGCACAAGUCCGCCGUCAGGGACUUGAAACAAUUGCUCAGCAGCAACAGCAGGAGCAGCAGACCGGGCGGUUGACUAAGAGGAAGAAGGAGAAGGAGAUCGAUACGGAGAGAUCGCCGGCCGCUUUCCAGAGGGUGCAAACAACAACCCGUACUGGGCGGGUGGUUGAUUUUGAUAACCCCAGGCCCUCGCCAUAUGAGGAUGUUAAAAUGGAGACAUUGAUACCACAACGCAAACCACCACCGCCGCCAUCCAAUCGUAGCUCGAUAGGAUCUAUCUCUAGGGUAGGGAGCGACUUUGGGCGAGGCUUGCCGGCAGAUGCUGGUGGGCGUUACGCUCCGGCGACGAGGAGAGUGAGUAUUGAUAGGACGGCUGUUGCUACGGAGAAGGCACCCGAGAUGUCGGAGAGGGCUUGGAGAAAGGGGGUGUCACCCUUACAUGAGGAUCGCCAGAGUCCGGACACGGGAAUCGGAUCCUCCCUAAUAUCGGCAGGCAUCUUAUCCACUCGGGUUACCAGAACACCGAUUCCCGGCAUGCCCCGCGAGUCUGCUUCUACACCGUCUUUGCCAUCGUUUAACCAACAAGCGGCCCCGCACCAGCAGCAACAACAGUACCAGCAACAAGGGCAGCAGGUUCAGGAGUCACCGAGGCCACGAGCAAUGGCUAAAGUAGAUUUUGGUCACUCGGGCACGAGUAGCCCUCAGUCAGGUGGGACCCCCAGUAGCCCUGGCUUUACGUGGGGCAAAGGGAAUCAAUUGUUCAAGAUACCUGACUAUCAGCCAGAGUAUGAAACUGGGCCCGAGAAGCUUACCCUUCAGAUACCGACGACACCUCUCCCGCGGCAAGGCUCUCCCGAAAUCAGCCCGGGCGAUCGUGACGUUCCCCUCGGCAUCCGAAAGUCAAACCUCCCGGCGGGUGCCCCAAUAGAUAUCCAAGGAAACGAUGUUCAAUUCCUUUCCCGGUCUACGCCUACAAGCGCGGGACCUCGAGCGCGGGAGGAGGAAGACGACGAGGACAGUGAUGAGGAUGAUGGUUUGUUUGCGAUACCGAUCUCCUCGCGGGGUGAAAAACCGAAAACCGAGUUCCCCAAGACCGAGGAGAGAAAUAUGGACUCCCCUAGGCCUACGUUGACAAUUGCUACCAAUACCAAGAACGUCACUUUUAAAGCCACACCCACUACAUCCGCAACUGCUAGUGGAAGUAAUGGUGCAAUGAAUUCCCCGGAAUUCGAAGAAGGGGAUGAUAAAUUAGGGCUGAACUCUCCUGCUUCUCACAGCAUAUCUGCCCCAGGUUCCGCUGCAGCGUCUGCCCAUUCCCCAGCUGAUUAUAUGCGCUUGGGCCGUCGGGACUCCUUUGGUAAAGAGGACGUAUGGGCGUCGCGCCCUCCCGCCGAGGCACUUAUCGAUCAUCUUGACGAUUUCUUCCCGGGCUUGAAUUUGGACCAGCCUAUCCCGGAUGAAGUUGGCGUGUCUCCACCCCCCUCGCCUUCACCUGCUACUGAGAGCAAGCCUCACUCAUACCAACUGGCCGAUAUCCCAUCGGAAUCUCCGAGCGCAUCUGAGCCCCCAGGCGCAAUGGGGCCGCCACCUCCCCCCGUUAGCAAGGGCAAAAAUGUCGUUGCACAGAGGAAUGCUGGUCGUUCACAAUUGGUCCGGUUGAAGUCUAUCCGUGAAGUUGCCAAGGGUGCCCAUGAGAAAUCAAAGAGGUUCACGCAAACAAACACAGCUGGCUCGAAAUCCGGCGAUAUCUCUCGUAGGAAGAGUACAAAGAUGUUCGGGGCCCGCUUGAUUGAAGUCACGCCUACAAAACGUGGAGCUAUGUUACAGGCACAACAGGCACCGCCACCGGUUCAACAGCAGAGUGGAAUCAAGCGCCAAGCUACCUUCCGAUGGUUCAAGGGUCAGUUGAUUGGUAAGGGUACCUAUGGGCGAGUCUACCUUGGCAUGAAUGCAACCACGGGAGAGUUUUUGGCUGUCAAGCAAGUGGAAGUGUCGAAGGGCUUGUCAGACAAUGAUAGUGAUCGACAGAAAGAGAUGAUUGCGGCACUGAACCAGGAGAUUGAGACUAUGCAACAUCUCGACCAUGUUAAUAUUGUCCAGUACCUUGGGUGCGAGAGGAAGGAGAUGAACAUGAGCAUCUUCCUAGAAUAUAUCUCCGGUGGCAGCGUUGGUAGCUGUUUAAGGAAGCACGGCCCUUUCGAAGAAUCGGUUGUAAGGAGCUUGACCAGACAAACACUGAGCGGAUUGGAAUAUCUGCAUAGGGAGGGAAUCCUUCAUAGAGAUCUGAAGGCAGACAAUAUCUUGUUAGACAUAGACGGAACCUGCAAGAUUUCCGAUUUCGGGAUUUCUAAGAAGAGCGGUAAGUGGGAUGAUAUUUUCAUGCCGAGUUACAUGUACCUGACCAGCUACUGCAGACAAUAUCUAUGGCGAUGAUCCUGGGAACUCAAUGCAGGGUUCUGUGUUCUGGAUGGCUCCUGAGGUCAUUAGGCCCGAGGGCCAGGGUUAUAGCGCUAAAAUUGAUAUUUGGUCCCUCGGAUGUGUGGUACUUGAAAUGUUUGCUGGACGUCGCCCCUGGAGCAAAGAGGAAGCGAUCGGAGCUAUCUACAAACUUGGUAGCGAGCGCCAGGCCCCUCCGAUUCCAGACGAUGUCGCGGAGGUUAUUAGUCCUAGUGCCAUUGGGUUUUUGGCUGAUUGUCAUACGGUGUGAGUUAUGCUUUUGCAUCCUGUAUAAAAGUAUCCUCAAUUGACUUUCUUGUAGUGAGCCUUCUGAGAGACCGACUGCCGCAACUCUAUUGAACAAACACGAGUUCUGCUCUUUGGAUCCAAACUUUAACUUCUUGGAUACAGGUCUAUAUCAAAAGAUCAGAGGCCUCAAAUUCUAGUCAUGAAGCCUUCACUAAUCGUCCGACUAACGGCAUCUUGAUUCGUCUCCUGCUUGGUUUCCUUUUUCGCUUUUCUCAUUGUAACAAUUUUUCCCAUCCUUUGCAACGAAAGCAGGCAUUAAAGCCGACCUUAUCCUUCAACAGAACUUGUGAUUUGUUUCCCCGGGUGUUCGAUCUUUGUUUAUUGUUGUCUAAACGUCCUUUCUGCUCUUCAUUAUACAUUAUUGACCGAUUGGUUCUUUUUCUUCUGCCGUGCGUUUAUUUGGAAGCCGGUCCCUUCUUCCCUUGCCUUCUUUCCUUUCUUGUAUGUACGCGGCGUUUUAUGGCAUAUAUGAGUGACAUUCCACGGGGGGGCUGAGGGAGGGAAAGUACUGUAGCUCGACAUUUGACGAUAGUUGGUUGGUGUAGGGUUGAGUGGGAUAUCCUAAUACGGUACCUGGCUUAUGAUAAUUGAAGUGAUGGCCGUUGGGCUGUUGCAACUAUGGGGUGAUGAGUUUUCCCGGGGCUGGAUAUGUGACAGUGGCGCUGAGCAUUCGAUCCUUUAAAUCGAGCAGCUGUAAGGCGCGCCAAUGAUUAUUCUUGGGGUUCGGUGCGGUGAUCUAGUGUUGGGGGCUGCUAUUAUCGCUGUUAUCAUACGGUAUUAUACGAGUACUUGGGUCCGGGAGUAGGAUUGACUCUUGUUUCCUGUUUUUAUUUAUACAGGGGGGUUCUACUUUUAUAAUAGGAGUUAUGGGAGCAUUGUAUCCUAAAUUCAUCAAUAUUAUAAUCGAGUAUAGUGCAGUAUGAUAAGUUUCAGUGUCUACGAUAAUCGCU